CCGGGCGGGCCAGGCUGGUCCUCCCGCCGCCGCGGAGUCUCCGCCGCUCACGCUGCCCGCCGCCGUUCCCGCGACUCCCGGCGGCGGCGCUCCUCCCGGACGCACGGCUCGGGCAUUUCCCACCUCCGCGCAGCUCCGCCGCCUCCCAGGCUCCCGCGGUGGCGCGGCUCAUGCCCCGGGGCGCAGGGCGCGCAGGUGGGCCGGCCGCCGCGGGGAGAUAGGCCCCCGGGGGGACGGCGGCGGGACCAUGGCCCGGAGACCCGGGGCGCCGGCUGGCUAUGGGGAGGAGUUCACCUUCGUCAGCCCGCUGGUGAAAUACCUGCUCUUCUUCUUCAACAUGCUCUUCUGGGGUCUGCCUCCUUCCCUGUGUCCACAGGUGAUUUCCAUGGUGAUGGUGGCUGUGGGAGUUUAUGCUCGGCUGAUGAAGCAUGCAGAAGCAGCCUUGGCUUACCUGGCAGUGGACCCUGCCAUCCUGCUGAUUGUGGUGGGCGUUCUCAUGUUCCUGCUCACCUUCUGCGGCUGCAUUGGAUCCCUUCGUGAAAACAUCUGCCUCCUACAGACGUUCUCCCUCUGCCUCACCAUCGUGUUCCUGCUACAGCUGGCUGCAGGAGUCCUGGGCUUCGUCUUCUCAGACAAGGCACGAGGGAAAGUGAGUGAGAUCAUCAAUAACGCCAUUGUGCACUACCGAGAUGACUUGGAUCUACAGAACCUCAUUGAUUUUGGCCAGAAGAAGUUCAGCUGCUGUGGAGGGAUUUCCUAUAAGGACUGGUCCCAGAACAUGUACUUCAACUGUUCAGAAGACAACCCCAGCCGUGAGCGCUGCUCUGUGCCUUACUCCUGUUGCUUGCCUACCCUGAACCAGGCAGUGAUCAACACCAUGUGUGGCCAAGGUAUGCAGGCCCUUGACUACUCGGAGGCUAGUAACGUCAUCUAUACCAAUGGCUGUAUUGACAAACUGGUCAACUGGAUACACAGCAACCUCUUCCUUCUUGGUGGUGUAGCCCUGGGCCUGGCCAUCCCCCAGUUCUGGAAGUCAGAAAUCUGAAAUGGGUCUCACUGGGCUAAAAUCAAGGCAUCAUCAGAGCUGAGUUCCUUCUGAGGGCCCUAGCGGAUCCAUUUAUCAACUUUUAGAGGCUGUUUGUUUGUCUGGCCCCCGUUUUCAUCUUUAGAAUAUAUCAGCCUCUGCUUCUGUGGUCACACCUUCUUUUUCUCUGACUCUGACUCUCUUGUGUCCCUCUGAUUAUAUUGAGCCUACCCAGGUUGUCCAGAAUAAUCUUCAAUUUUAAGAGUCUUAAUUGAAGCACAUCUAUAAGGUUCCUUUUCCUCUGUAAGGUAAUAAACACAUAGGUUCCAGGAAUGAAGGCAUGGACAUUUUGGGGUGGUCAUUAUUCAGCCUAGGACACUCACUUCCCACUCUCAUGUAUCUCUUAAGGUGGGGAAAUCUAGGAAUGAGCUAUUGUUGGUUAUUGGCAAGAGCUUGAGGUGGGCGUUGUCUGGCCUUGGUUCUAAAAAUCGCCUAACAUUUAUUGAGCGCUUACUGUGUGCUAGGCACAUGUUUAUUACAAGUUUAAUAUGUGGGUCCUUUAAUAUGCUAUUUUCUGACGUGUUCCAUCCCAAAGAGCAGAUAUGUUAACAGGGUCAGGGAUCAGUUUCAAAAAGGGGACACAGAAAACUUCUUUCUUUCUUUCUUUCGAUUCCCCUGGAACCAGAAGAGUUCCCCUAGGCCAUUACUCUAAAGAGGUCAGGAACAUUUUGUAAACCGUACUCUCUCCUCACAAAAACAAGUUAAGAGUAAUUAGAUAUUCCAAACUGCCAUAGAUAAAACACUUAGAGAAGGGGAUAAAGUGGGGAGUAACCAGACUCUAGAAUUUAUAUUGGAAGUUAAGCCUCUAGAGUCUUCUCACCACCACACCAGGAACCUGGUAAAUCAGUCAGAUGAUUGGAAGAGCAUAGAUACUCCAGAAGCAUUUUCAACCAUCAGUACUCACUGACUAAUAAACACAGUGAUGAGAGGAAGGGGUGAUCACUAAUAAUGUCAGGACAAGUAGAUUAUGGUAUGAGAAAGAAGUAACUGAGAGUCAUCUGUCACACAUACUAGUUGCAUUCCAGAGAGUAAAAUAAUUAAAGCAAAACAAACAAACAAAAAAA